AUGAAAUUGACGAAAACCCUACCUGUCUCGCCCAUCCUCGCCUUGAAGUCCAUCGCUGCUACCAGUAAAUGUCCGAGCUAUACAAUGGUAUCCGUCUGGGUGCUCUAUGGAUUAAUGUUGACUGCAUUUAUUUUCUUUGUGAGCUACAACGUAUACGUCGAACAAAAUGCGAUGACGCUGGAUCAAAGAAAAUUUCCAGGCGCACCAAAUGUUCAUGCAAUAAAUGCUGUGAAUUUAUCUACCAUCAGAAAUGUGGAGGAUCAUACAAUCGGAUCGUAUGAACAACAGAAAAUACAACAGAAAGGUGACGUCUUUGACGAAUGCCCGUUUGAUCCACCCGACCCGUGGCACGACUCCAUAUUAGAGUACGUAGAAGUCAAAUGGGGAUUCGAGCCAGCAUGCGCUGUUAAUGGAGCCUCGGAACCGGUUUUAAAGUUUGUUAACAAAACCCUCAAGUUGCUUCCUGGCAAAGAGGGCUUCAAGUGCAUAGCAAGGUGUCUGACAUAUCGCAGCGAUAAUGCUUAUAAUGCAGGGAGAUGGAUGCAGGUUGAAGAUCAGUCCUUUGAGUGUGACUUUGUAGAAACGGAAUGCAGACUUGAACGUUUGAAGAACCACUUCGUUCACAUGCAAAUUUCUGAGCAAAUAUCCUCUUCAAAGUCAUCAAAGGUGAAGCGUCCGGACAAUCCUGAUGUGCAUAUCAUCGUAAUAGACUCUGUAGCGUCAACACAAAUAAUUCGAGCUUUGCCAAGGACUGUGAAUUUUCUUUUGCAUGGCAUGGGCGCUGUCGAAUUCCGUAAAUUGAACAAGAUUGGCCUAAACACCAAGCCAAAUGAAUUUCCUCUGUUAUUGGGUAUAACUAUCGAAGCUGUUGAAAGAACGGUCAUGAAGCUGAACACUACCAAAGAAGACCUCAAUGAAGAUGUUGCUUGCAACAUGUACUUAGACAAUUUACCAUAUGUACCUUCUGAAUACAAAGAGGCUGGCUAUAAGACUUUGGACGCUCAAGACUACGUAGCCAGUGUAAUCAACUACGAGAAUUGUUAUGGCAUGAAGAAUGAAGCGGUUCAUCAUUAUUACAGGCCCUUUCACAUUCGAAUACAAGAAGAUGAAGAGCUUUCCGAAAAUCAUGAGUUUCCAAAGUUUUCCUUCGUAUCUCUGACUGAGCUGACGCACGAUGACUCUGCAAAACUGUACAAAACUGAUUAUGAUUUGUACAAAUACUUUCUCUUCAACAGGAAAGCGCUCAGCAAUUCUUUUAUAUUUUUUAUGGCGGACCAUGGACCGAGAUUUGGAAACGAGACGAAAACUUCUAUCAACUGGAAUGAGCAGAAGAAUCCCUUUUUAUACAUUGUACUACCAAAAAACCUGCGCAAUUCGCUGAUGCAUGAGCAACUCAAAGCAAACAGCAAGGAGCUUCUUACCAACCACGAUAUCCAUUCAACGUUGCAGGAUAUUCUCUAUUUCCAACCUGCGACGAACUUCACCGAAUUGGAAUAUAAAGAUUUCAAGAAUGAAAAACGUGGUUCCUCGUUAUUGCGACGAUUCGAGGCAGGAGUGAAGCGGAGCUGCAAAACACUUCCUAUACCAUUCCAGUACUGUAUCUGCCAAUAUGAAACAUCUGCUGUGACUGAUCAAGCGCUGAGACGGAAACUUGCUGUAUUUGCUGCUGAUCGGUUGGCUUCACUUUUGAGUGGUAAAGGAGUGUCAUCUUAUUGUGAGGAUAUCAAGCUGGGAGAGAUCGUGAAAGUGAAUCAAUACACGGCGUCGCUGAAAUAUGAGAGUCAAGUUUUUGAUGUCACAUUUAGAGUUGCUCUACCAGCUCACGGGAAGUUUCAGAUUCCAGUCAGAAUGGAACAUGGUAAACUUGCCUUAGCAGGAGCCUUGUUUAUACGAUUGGAUCGCUACAGCGAUAUGGGCAACUGUAUGACAGACCGCGUCCUUCGCUCGUACUGCACUUGUAAAGAUAGCGUUCACUGAUCUCCAAGAAAUUCAAAUCCUCUGAUCAAGUCGCUUCGCACAUUAGUAAUGCAUUUGUUAGUGUUUAGUGUUAGCCGUCAUUAGCCUCAUCUAACCGCAUAACGUAGUCAAGCUAUGCACUUUUGGGUAUUCCAGUUUUGUCACCUGUUUCGUAAGAGUUCUGAUUGCCUUGUUUUUGACCUUGAUUACAACACUAAUGCACAUGAUUCAAAUCUCGACGAAAAUCUAGGAAAGAGAGAGAAAUAGUGAUGAAUCCAAGAUGCAGAGGUACUAAUCAGUGAUUGCAGCUUGAAUUGCCGGUGGCUCAUGGCACUCAAAAAGUUUGUCCCAUGUCUUAUUUUACCUAAAGCCUUGCAAUGAGAUGGUUCAAUUAAACACUUAUAAGCCUUGGUUUCCUUGUCAGCAUCUGUAUCAGGUGAAAGAGAAAUCGCCUGCAAUGACG